AUGCUCCCGAUCGUGAGAGCGAGAAAUAGCUCGAGACGGCGCAGUCCCUCGAGUGCGCGUGGAGCUCGACAUCGGGUACGGGCGCAAUUAAGUGACGGCGUCUGUGGCUGUGAGUCUGUGGGAGUGAAUCGUGACGAACGUCAGGGCACCAGACGGAAUGUCGGAGGAGGGCACGCUGCUGGAUCUGAGCUGGUGCUGGCUAAGCUCCCCGAGUUUAAUGACGAACGGGGAUGGCGGCAUUUUUUUGACGCGCAGAUUUACAAGAUUGGGUAUAAGGAAGAGCAGCACCCAGCAGCAACAAUCGUGUCGCAGAUCACCAGUCUAGAAAGCCUGAGACCGAGAGACACACGUGUUCCUUCAUGCACUGAACUACGUCGACAAAAGGUAGACAUUGCUACAGCAACUGCAGCGAGAGACGAGAGGUACAGGACGAUUCGGGACAAAAUCAGUCGUGCAGCAGCGAAAGCAGCUGUUGACGAUGCCCAGAUGUUUAACGAGUUUUGGCAGAUGUGA